AGACAACGAAUUGUUCCCUGGGGAGCGCGCCCAGGUCCCGAGCACACGCGCGCGCCUCUCUUCCCCCUUUACCACCACCCCCCCCUUCUCCCAACACUGGGCACGCGCCCCUCCCCACAAACUCUCAGGCUGGAGACUGCAACGACCGCUGUGCGCGCUCCUCGCCUGGGACUGGGACUGGGCUCGCGCCGCGCGCGUGCCGCUCGCUCGCUCGCCUGGAGCCGGUGCAAGCCUCGGAAAGAGCAGAAGCAGCGGCCGCUGCAGGGAGCUGCAAAAGGGGCUGCAACCCGACUGGUCUUGGCGGGAGCGGCAGCUCCUAGCGACCGGCGGGACGGCGCGAAGCGGCCCCAGGCCAGCCGGGCCCAUCACGUGCAGCCGCCUCGGACGCGCCGAGGCGCUGCUGGCAGGGGACGUGGAGAGCCCCGGUCCUCCCCUGAGGGCAGUGGCCGUUCCCAUGGUGAAAGGUAGUUAAUGGAGAAGCGGGCGAAUGACAGCCGGGACUGUGGUCAUCACAGGUGGAAUAUUAGCAACAGUCAUUUUGCUCUGCAUCAUUGCAGUCCUCUGCUACUGUAGGCUUCAGUAUUACUGUUGCAAAAAAGAUGAGUCAGAAGAGGAUGAGGAAGAGCCUGACUUUGCCGUCCAUUCCCACCUCCCACCACUCCACUCCAACCGAAACAUCGUGCUGACUAACGGACCCUCGCUCUACCCAUCAUCCUCUUCCUCCUUCAACCAGAAAUCCCCACAGUGCCGCACCGUCUGCCCCAGCUGCUCCCACUAUGAGCCCCCAACCUUUUUCCUUCAGGAACCAGAGGAGGUUCGAAAUGGGGGCGAGCGCAUCAACUAUAAGAACAUCAGCCAGGAAGACAUAGAACUGCCGGUGAGCUUCGGUGGACUCCAAGCCCUCAAUCCCAACCGCCUCUCUGCCAUGCGCGAAGCUUUCUCCCGAAGCCGUAGCAUCAGCACUGAUGUCUGAGCUCCAUCCUAACUCCCUGGUCUGGCACUGGGCAAGGAGCACUGGACUGGGUAUCGAGACUUGAGUUCCAGGCGCAGCUUUGCCACUAACUCACUUUGUGACCAUGGGCAUGCCAUGACCCUCCUCUUGGCCGCAGUGUCCUCACCUGAAAAAUCAGGGGCUUUGAAUAGAUGGUCUCUAAGGUACCUUCCAGUUCCAUCAUUCUUUGACUUGGGAGCCCUCGGUUCACCCUCCUGAUGUUGAACAAUAGCUUCACCAUUGAGGACUCCCCAGGGAAGUCUGACAGAGAGAACUUAUGAGAUAAUGAAUGUAUUUGGUAGUUCACUGAUCUGACAAUAGAACAAGUUAUUUAGUCAAUCAGCAAACUAUUUCCUCCACCCCUACUAUGUGUUCAGUGCCAUGUUAGGAACUACCAGGGGCAUGCACACACACACAUAAAAAAAUGAAACUCUGUCCUGAAAAAGUUGACAUUCUAGUUGGGAAGGGAGGAAACAUGACAACAUAACCAAGUAGCAGGCAGUCUGUGUUUAAUGCCCAAUGAGGAGGUCAAAAAGGAAGAGAGGAAGAGGGAAAGAUCCCCGGAUGUGGGGCAGUCAGGCAGGGAAGAUGUUUGUUUUAGGAGUGAGCCUCAGAAACAAAAGUGGGUAAAUUCCAGCUAAGAGAUGCCAGUCACAGAGUGAGAGGGCAUGGGGGGGGGGAAGUGAGGAAGAACCCAAGAAUUAAGGGACUUUAAGCCAUUGCCUCCAUUAUUAAUGAAAUUUUGGUACCAGGCCAUCUCUGGUUCCCAGAGAAGUGUCCUAAGGGUCACCACACUGGGUGUCUUGUCUCACAUAUCAAAUUACUACCUGAGGCUGGAAGGACUUGGUGCAGGCAAUCAGAAACACAUAAUCUCCUCCAGGCCCCAAUGGACAUGAAGGUAUUCCUCUUUUCAGUUUCUCCCCAUCUUCUUGAAACCCUAGAUCCCUUUGGAUCCAAAGUGGUUUCUAGCCUCCUAUUGGUGGCAGGGAAGCAAACUACAUGAAGAAGGAGAGAAUGAGGAUAAGGAUAUUUAAAAACCACCUAAUUUGCCAUCAGUAGUAAUGAAGUACAACUAGCAUCUUUUCUCCCUUUUGUCCUGCCCCCAACAUACAUAGACACACCAAAAAUCAUGUUAAAAUUUUUAAACUGACCCAAAAUGUGCCCCACAACUUCCCAAGUCUCUCUCUCCUUCUUUCUCUCUCUCUCUCUCUCUCUCUCUCUCUCUCUCUCUCUCUCUCUCUCUCUCUCUCUCUCACACACACACACACACACACACACACACACACACACACACACACACACACACAUACUCCAUACCCACAUCACACCAUACCACAUAUCUCACACACUCACCCUGUCCUCCUUGGCAGAAAUGAGAUGGGUUCUUGCUCAUUGAUGCAGUCCAUGUGUCUUCUAGGACAGUCCAUGGAGUUUGGCUCAUUGUCCCAGAUGCCAGAAACCAGUUUGACCCAUUCUCCAGCCUGCCACCCACCUUCCAAGAGGAACAUUGAUCCAUAAACCUAAACAACAAUCUCCUUCCUUCUCUAUUUUAACCUGAACACACAGCUCACUGACACUGGUACCUGUCUUCCAGGUCUGGUGGAAGAAAGAAAUCAUUUUGUAAUAGUAUCUCACAUGCUGAUAAGACAAAUCCACUAAUCCUAAUGAUGGGCAAGUCCCUUCAUCUCCAGUGAAAGCAGCCAUUUGUAUAGGUCUCCAGUCAUUUCCUAUUUAGUAAAAGGCAAUACUUCCUCUUCAGUGGCAGUUCAUUAAAUGAUAUUUUUUAAAGGGUAGAUGGGAGGAGGGGAACGUCUGGGUGGCUCAGUGGAUAGAGAGUCAAACCUAGAGACAGGAGGUCUUGGGUUCAAAUGUGACCUCAGAUACUUCCUAGCUAUGUGACCCUGGGCAAGUCACUUAACCCUCAUUGCCUAGCCUUUACUGCUCUUCUGUCUUAGAACCAAUACAUGGUAUUGAUUCUAAAAUGGAAGGUAAGGGUUUUUUUUAAGAAAGGAAAGUUUUCUGCCUAGGAAAUCUAUGUCUCCUGAGCUUCACUUUGAAUUCUCUCAGUUCCAUCUCUGGAGAUUUCCCCUUCAAGACUAUGCUGGAAAAAUUUGGGGAAGAAAAGUCCUUGUGAGAGUCUUCCCACAACCAGAGAAGAAGGUACUACUCCUCACUGAACUCUCAGUUAAAACUUCGUAGAAGACCUGCUCCUGAUGAAGGGCACGCUGUUGUUUUAGGACGUGUGGUUGGUUUAUAAAUAUUGUGUGCACCGUGACAAGAUUAUUUUCUUCUCUUCCCUAGAAGGCUUUUAAUUCCACGGAAGAGGUUUCAAAGUACAUGAAAGAUUCACCACUUUCAGUAUUCUGGAUUUUCUUUCUUCUUCUCCUUCUGCCUUGGUUUGUAGCACAUUAGAUUUGCUCAGUUAAUCCAUCCCUGAAUAGGGCAAGUCGUCUGGGAAGCUCUGGCCUGAGUUUCUUUGCCAGGGAUGAUGUUCUCAUUGGUCUGAUGUCAUAACAUAGCUUGAACCAAACUCUGACUUUGUAUAAUUCUUAUCUGAAGUUGGUUCGGUUGCAUUUGACUUUGGGGGGCUGGGGUGGGGGGAGGGAUGGGGAGGGCAAUUUCCUGUGGCUGUUGUCUUUCUAUUUUCCUGUUUUCUGAUCUAUACAUAACUAUAAAACUUAUAGAUGUAGAUAGCUUUGAAAUGAAACAAGAGACACCUGGUCAGUUUAACUUCCCAGAGGUGGAUUGCUGAAUGGGACUCCUGGGUCUGCCGAAAACACAAAAACAAAAGGAAAUAAACCUUAUCUUUGACAUUACUGGGGAGAAGAGGCUCUUUAAUCUGUCCCCAUUCCCAGACCACUCUUUCGAGUGGGUUAGGAAAGAGAGGCCAUGCUGGCCGACAGUGACAUUGUACAGAAGUCUGACUUUAGCAGAAAGAAUCUGGUGAGCGAGGGCCAGGCUGUAGCCCAGACGUAUAAUUGGUGUAUGGGUUGGUUUUGAAAAUGAAAGGCUAAGAAUCGCAACUAUUACAGUCAUCUGGCUUCAGGCACGGGAGUGGCCCCCAUACAGCCCACCUGAAAACAUGAGAGACCCCCCCCAGAGUGAGCAGGGAAAGGGGCCACAUUUGUAGUCCAUGAGUGGAAGCAGAGCAAGGCUCCAGGGAGAAUGGUGCCCACCGACAUUCAAGAAACUCCCAGGUACCCAGUACCACAAUAAAGGCAACCUAUUGCUUUA